UCGGACAAUUGAAAAAAAAUCAACCAUUAUAACUUGCCCUAUAAGCGUGGCGCUCCUAACGGUCACUUUUCCACAGACUCGCCCAAAAUGACCGAGUCACCAUCCGAGUCACUCUCUGACUCGCCCUUCAACCGCAACAUCGACGACAAGAAGAACGAUAUCGUGCCCGAAAUCCCAAUUGAGAUUGUGAGCGAGGAAGAGAUGGCUCUGCUCGAAGCUGCUUUGGUCUCCGCCCGCGCUUCCUUCUCUGCAAUCCCUGCAAUUCGCUGCUCAACAUUUUCGUUCCGCAGCAACGUCAGGUCUAUUAAGUCGAUCACUGCUUUAUCCAAGAGGAGGUUAUCGGGUUGCUCCGAACCCGAUAUUGAGGAUUCGGGUAGUUUGAAGAGUGCCCAGAAGAAGACUCGGAUGGCUGACUCGUUUUUGCACAGGUUUAGGAAGAAGGGCUUGUCUGUAACUGAUAUUACUGCCACGGAAUGGUGUGAAAAACAAAUGGAGUUUGUUUUACUCGUUGGCAAGCGAAAAGUCAGCAAGGCUAUGAAAAAAGGCAGUGCUCGCCACGCAAAACUUGAGGAAGAGGUUGUAAAAAAAGUUAAAGUUCGUAUCAAAUCAAUAGAAGAUAGAUGGGCUCUGAAGCUUCUGAAUUUUAUAACUGGAGUAAAUCAAUUAUUAUCUGAAGGAUUGACGCGUGAGCUGCCACUAAUAGGUUUUGCAGAAGGGGUAUGGAUGGUUGGAGUGAUUGAUGAGAUUCGAAUGCCUGUAACAGAAACCAUCAGAAACCCAUUAUUAGUUGACACAAAGACUCGUGUGAAAGAUACACUUCCUGCUGAACCACAACGAAGAAAUGGAAGGCUUCAAUUAAUGUGCUACAAGUAUAUGUGGGACGAUUUAGUUGCUGAUAAAUUCCCAUCCAACAAGUUUUUUGAUUUCUUUUCCUUAAAUCCUCAUCAUAUCUUAUCUGAUGAAAUCAGAGAGAUGACUGCUAACUCAGGGUUCCCUGCAGAGACCCUUGAUGAUGUAGUGAGAUACUAUAGAAACACAUGUAGCAUGCUCUCCCCUGCUCAUGACCAGCUGUUAUUGAGAUAUGAGUUACAGAAAGAUAAUUCAUUACUUGGUGAAGAUGAGUUUGCAUAUGACUCUGAUUGGGUCAAGAAUCAAAUUCAGGGUUGUCUUGAGUUCUGGCUAGGAGAGCGAGAAGCCAGUUACACUCCUGAGGAAGAGCGAUGGAAAUGUGGGUUCUGUCAAUAUUCUUCUGUCUGCCCUGCUAAAAAUGGUAACCAUAAUGAUCCACCAAGUUAGAGAAAAAUACAGGCAUUGGCGGUGUUUCAAUCAGCAUCCGCAAUAAGGGUACAAAGAAGCACAAGUUUUUAGAGUUGCUUCUUUUGUAAUUGCUGUGUUGUAUUUGUCCUUAGGAUGUGCCAUGAAUGUAUCGUUCAAGUUGUAUUGUGACCGUUAUUUGAUUCAAUUGUUGUAAAUUAUUCUUUGGACGGAGUUGUCAAAUUCAAUUGUUUGAUUAGUA